AGCGUCACACGCUCACGUACUGCGAUACGUGAUGUGAUAGUAAUGCGUUUUAUUGAAAUCUGACGUUUUGAUUGUUGUCAAAAAGUUUUUAAAUCAUAUAAAGAUAUAUUGUAUUGCGAACAAACUAUUACUUUGUAUGAAAUGUGGAGAGUCUUUUCUCCGUUUCGGUAGCAACAUAAGAGCUUCGCAUCUGUAUAAAGUGUUACAAGUAGUUGGCUCAAAAGUGUCAACACUUUUGCCUUUGACAUGUUUAUUGCUUCUUGCUUCAGAAAUUGUUUCGACAGUUUCAGACUUGUAUCUGCUCAACAUGAAAUGGAAAAAAAAGAAAGGGAAAAUGUAAUUUGCUUGGAUGAUGAAUUUGCAUGUCAAGAAGUUGUUUUGUUAAAGAAUGCUAGCAGAGUUUGUGGUCGCGGUGGAGUGCUGGGUAACGCUCCUCUUAUUCAAAGUAAAAGUUAUUUUGAAGUAAAAAUACUGCAAGAUGGAUAUUGGAGUGUUGGUAUCGCAUCAAGGUCUACAAAUUUGGAAUCUUGUGGGGGCGAUGAUAGUGAAAGCUGGUGUUUAGAUUCGCUGGGAGAAGUUAAACACAAUAAAGUGCAGAUACAUAAAUUACAAAAAGAAUCAUUUCAAGAAGGAGAUAUUAUUGGUGUCAGUUAUGAUCAUGUAGAGUUGAACUUUUACUUGAAUGGAAAAUCUUUAGAAGUACCUGUGAUUGGUAUUAAGGGAACAACUUUUCCUGCUCUUCAUGUUGACAAUGGAGCAAUUUUAGAUCUGAUUGUAGAAAAUUUUGUGUACACACCUCCGAUGGGCUUUGAUAAAAUUAUGUUAGAGCAGUCAUUGCUAUAAUGGAAGUGCUUUUUUGUCUUAUUUAAAGCUUUUUUUUUAUUAAUUCUAAAAAAACAUGACAGUGAUAAUAAGCAUUUUUAGAUGUAUAACAGUUGCUGCAUUUAUUUAAAAAUAGAAAAAGCCUAGUAUUUAUUGAAGUAAAUACUGAAACAUGCAAAAGAUGCAAAAGAUAAUUACAUUUUAUUUAGCCUCUUAAUUAGAAAAUUGUUGAUAAUUACAUAGAACAAUAAUAAGUGUUGAUCUGAAAAGUCACAAGUUCCUUCUCUUCUUAAUUUUAUAAAUACACAACAUUUAACUUUCAUGAAAUGUAAAACACAAAAUUGAAGAAAGCUUUAACAAAUAAUUAAUCAAUACUUAUUAUUUUACUAUUUAGUGUGUCAUUUAAUUGCAAUGUAAAACCAUGCAAAUGAUACUAAAAAAUAUUUAUGAAAAAUACCAGAACCAGAUUGAAGCAGAAUAUCUAUUUUUUUUACAAUACAUAUGUGAGAAAUAAAAAUAUAUUUAGGGAAAAUGGAAAAAAAAACAAAUUUGAAUCCAUUUUUGAAUUUAUUAAAAGAUAUACAUAAAGAAACAAAUUAUCAAUCUUUCA